AUGGCAAAACAAGGCAAAGGCAAAGAUUGGGUACGACGCAGUGCAGGUGAUUCAUCUGAGUCCCAUCUUAGACUUAUCGAUCGAUUGGAAUUGAGACUACAAUUCUCUGGAAUCUACAGUCUGCUGGAGGAAGCCCUCGACGAAGAAGAAGAAAGUAUCGAAGAUGGUGAAAGUAGCAACAUUCUUUGCGAUGACUUUGGGUGCCUUCGUUUUCUGGCAGUCCAUGGACAAAGUUCAUGUCUGGAUCGCUCUUCGCCAGGACGAAAAGCAAGAAAAAAUGGAGAAGGAAGCGGAGAUAAGGAGAGUGAGGGAAGAGCUACUGCAACAAGCCAAGGAGAGGGAUCCCCUUGCCUAAGAUUAGUUGCUCUGUCUUGUGACGCUGGUGGCACUUUUCUAUGA